GAAAAUAAUGAAAAUUGCUUUUCUGUAUGUAUUGUUCUUCUGUUUAUUAUAUCAAUAUUGCCAUAGUAAUCAGAGUGAAGUCAUAAUAAUAGCACUUGGUUUAUGGAGAGAAAUAGAUGACUGAUAUUUCUAUUUAAUUUAUGUUUUAUGAUAACCUUUUAUUACUAAAUUUCAAUCUGAAUAAACAAAUAAUGGAAUCUCUUGUCAAAUACGAUAACCCAGUUUUAAUUUCAACAAAAGCAGAAAAGUUAUCAAAUCAACGUCUGGAAAAUAAAGAUCCGGAUUUAACAAAUGUUGUCAAUGAAAGUUUUGCUAUUCAAAAAAAGUUUACAAUAGAAAUAGAAAAAGAGCCAGUCGAUAUUUUAAAUGGAAUAUUGCCUCCGAAGAAAUGGAAAGAAGAAGGACAACAAUGGAUGCAAAAAGUAUCUACUACACCUGCUACAAGGCUUGACGUAAUAAAUUUACAAGAACAGUUGGACAUGAGACUACAACAACGACAAGCAAGAGAAAAUGGAAUAUGUCCAGUGCGACGGGAAUUAUUUAAUCAAUGUUUCGAUGAAUUGAUUCGUCAAGUUACUAUUAACUGUGCAGAACGAGGAAUCUUGCUGCUAAGAGUUCGUGAUGAAAUAAAAAUGACAAUGUCGGCAUAUCAAACUCUAUAUCAAAGCAGCGUUGCUUUUGGCAUAAGAAAAUCCCUUCAAGCGGAACAAGGAAAAGAAGAUUUAGUAUCUAAUCUUAAUGUAUUAUUAAGUGAAAAAAUUGAAUUGGAAAAAAGUGUAGCAGAAUUACAACAAAAACUUGAACAAACUGAAAAAAGAAAUGCAAUAUUACGAGAAGCUGAAGAAAAAAAAUACGUAGAAGAAAUUUUGUUUUUAAAAAAAACUAAUCAACAACUGAAGGUCCAACUGGAAGGAAUUUUAACCUUAAAAAAGUAAUACGCUACAACUUGGUAACUAAAUUUAUAAUGUUAACAUUUACUCUUCAUAGCGGACAUCAUUCAAAUAACAUGCAACAUCAGAUUCUUUCAACUGGACCACAACUUCUAAUAUUUCAUUCGCAAAUACUUUGCCUUCAUCAUUACAGAAUGGACAAUUA